ACCUCGUGCUACUUACGAAUUACUUUUCGCUGCGUUUAAUCCGUGGUACGAUAAUUAAGCAAGAGGAACAACAUUGGACACAAUGGAUCGCGGUAUAUUGCGACAAAUAUUGAUUGGAUUCGUAUGCAGUAUCUUGAUCAUUGAUUGCGGUCUCCAUGAAGGAUGGAGCACGCCAACCAUACCAAAAUUCAACGGCGAGGACCCUUUAAAGGUGACAAGCAACGAGAUCGCUUGGAUCGUGAACCUCAUGUAUGUGGGAGUUGGCAUCGGCUCGCUGGUGCCUUUCAUAUUGAUGGACAAUAUCGGACGUAAGGGAACCUUGUUAGUCACCACGAUACCGAAGAUCGUCUCGUGGCUCUUCAUUGGGCUAUCCACGUCUGUAACGCUCGUAUACAUUGGACGGAUACUCGCGGGCAUCGGAUGUGGCAUAACGUACGCCGUAAUGCCCAUGUAUCUUGGUGAGAUCAGCAGCAAACGGACUAGGGGUCCUCUAGGUACUUUAAUGGCUGUUCUAAUCAACAUCGGAAUGCUGUUCAUCUACGCUAUCGGCUUGUGGAUCAGCCGAUUCGCGAUGGCGAUGAUAGCCGUGUGCGCGCCUAUACUAUUUCUACUGUCCUUCAUGUGGUUACCCGAGAGCUCGGUGUUCCUCACGCGGAAGAAUAAACUUGGACCCGCGGAAAAGACUCUUCAGUGGGCUUUGGGUAAGGAGAACGUGGAUGAAGAACUCGAGGAGGUCAAACGAAUCGUGGAGACCGAGGACAAGUGCACCAAGAUGACUCUCAGAGAAACGUUAAAGGAGAUCGUCACUAAGGCUCAGAACAGGAGAGCCUUUCGAAUCGCCAUGAUAUUAUUGAGCGGGCUGACAUUGACUGGCGCGGCGCCGGUACUCGCGUAUCAGUCAUAUAUAUACGAGGAGGCUGGUUUCGAGAUCUCGACCAACACCAGCAUCAUCCUGACAGGCAUCGCCAUCGUCCUGGCUGGCAGCGCCUGCGUGACGAUAGUGCGUUUCACGGGCAAAAGACUACUGCUGCUGAUCGCUGCUCCGAUUUGCGUGAUAUCGCUGGCGACAAUAGCCAUUUUCUUCGAGCUGCAGUCCAGCGGCUACGAUGUCUCUCGAUUCAAGUGGGUGCCCACGGUCUUCGUGGUGAUUUACGUGCUCGGCUUCGGAUUUGGCCUUAAUCCGAUACCGCUGGCGUAUAUCGGCGAGAUCUUCGGCGUUGAGGUCAAAGUACCCGCCGCAGUGCUCAAUGCUCUCUACUACGCUAUAAGCACCACCGCCAUUGUGAAAUUUUAUCAGGUCACGCAAGAAUUAUACGGCACGUUUGCACCAUUAUGGACGUUCACCGCAAUAACAUUUCUUGUAUGGGUAUUAAUUUACCUAUUUGUACCCGAGACCGAAGGUAAAACCUUGGAAGAAAUACAAUUGGAAUUGCGCAGUAAAAAAUGACGUAUAUAUCGAAUUAUUUAAGAAAAUAGGUGUGGCAUUAUGCGGACUCCAAAGAUCAUUAAAUCCAUAUUUAUAACGCAUACCUAAUACGAAAUACGACUUGAUUUAAUGUUAUCAAUAUCAACAUUUACAGUGCAUUCUAAAAAGAUUGCGUAAGAAGAUAACGUUCCUGUUAACUGAUGAUAAUAAUUCGGUUUAUACUCUUAAAAGAUGUAUAUUAUCAUUUUAAUAAUCUACAUUUACAUAUUUGAUGAUUGAGUACAUAAAAGAAAGAUAGUAACUUCUAUUUCGAAAAGUUUAUAGAUCGUAAAACGAGUAGUAAACUACAAAGUUCAUAAAAAGCAAAUAAAAAGAAAUUGAAAUAGAAUUGAUAUUUCUUUACAUUAAAAUGCAGCUCCAAUGAUCUUGAUCUUGAUAUAUUAGAGGUUCUUGAUAUUAUAGAAGUGAAGAUACUGAUCACCUAAUCAACUUUUCCUUAUAAAUUAAUCGGCAAUCUUGUUUAGUUUUCGAGAUAU